AUGAGCUCGCUUGCUUUAAAACUGUUAGAGACGCGUCAAACUUGUCAACCAAACCCCGUUUUUGACCUACAGGAUCCGCGGAAGCUGGCAAUUCAGCUUCGUGACCACAAGGAACAAAGCCGCAGACGGCCAAACAGUGUUUUGAAUCAGCGUCUUAAACAGAUAAUUGAUGAUCCAAGCGCGCGAUCUUUCAAGCUUCAGCGCGAAGGUAUCGAUCCUGUUGAGUUGAACGUCCUGAUAGAGCGGACUUUAGCCAAAUUACACGAGGAAUCGGAAGGAAAGGAGAUUCUGACGCUGGAAGGAGCGAGACACGUCAAGAACCAGAUCGAAGAGUUAAAAGCAUCAAAAACACAAUUACUCAAAGAGUUGGCAGACAGACCUCAACCACAGGUGGUUGAACGGUUUGUCCAGAUUGACAAGGACUUGGACUUACUUCAGACAAAGCUGACUAGCCAUGAAAUUCUCGUUGCGCAGCUGGGAUACGUGCAGGACAUGUUCCUAGACCAGAAUCCUGCUUUCGUGGCCAGCGACGUGGAGCGAUCGCUGGAGGGGCUUGUGUCUAAGGUGGUGUCGAUGUCUGUGCAGAACAACGUCGAACUUCCUGAGCCUGACAUUGAAAAGAUGCGCAGUCUGACUGGCCGAAUCGAAUGGUGUUCUGAUUGCAUUGCUGCUCUUGUGAAUGGCUCGAAAACCACGCCUAUCUCCGAGACGCACCGGUUCACGAAAGACAUUGGCAACAAGCAGGAGUCGUCCGACGUGGAGGAAUUGAGAACGGCAUUGACGGACCUGCAAUUCGCUCACAACUACCUGACGCGCAAGUUCGAGGACGAACGCGAGCUCCAUAACACUUCGGGGAGCAAGUCAGUCGUCUUCUCCAUCAACGCCUCUCACAUCAUACCACGAGGACCAAUCUUUCGCGGCCACCUCGUCCCCUACCAAGAACAACGUCAGCGUGUCGAUUUUGAGACUCGAGUUCAAAAAGUUGGUCGCGGGCAUGAACGAACGGUUCGAGCAGGAGCUCGAGGCCGAACGUGUGGAGAAAAGGCGGUUGCAGGACUUGCUGAAAAUGUAUGA